AUGAUGGUCACUACCGCAGCCACCGUUCUCCUCACCAUCCUCACCAUCAGCACCGCUCAACAGACUGAACCCGUUGCCUACGAAUUCGGCUAUUCUGCCAAGGUUAACUGCGACCGUGGGUCUUGGAGUUAUUCUCACAAUCCCGACGCCGUGUGUGCCUACUUGCCUGGCGUGAGGCUAGAUAUAACUAAAAUUACAGAUUCGUGUCGCGUUUUUAUCUACAAAGAAUCGGACUGCACGGGUGAGGAGAAGCAGGUGCACGUCCGUAAUAACUGUUUGGAUACGAGUGCAUAUUCCUCGAUUAAGGCAUUUUGUCACUAG